AUGCCUCAGCCGGUCGAUCUCAGCGUUAAGAAGUCGACACCGCCAACACGACAAAAUCCAGGUGCAGCUUGUGAAGAAUGUCGUCGUCGUAAGGUCCGAUGUGAUCGGCAACAACCUUCAUGUGGCCUCUGCCUGUCAUCAGGCGUACAAUGUCAAAUCACAACUCCUCGUCCCCCUCGUGGUCCCAAACGUGGAUAUUUAAAAGCGCUACAAGCUCGCAUCGCUACCCUCGAAGGAACUUUACUCCAACAACAACAACAGCAGCAGCAAUCUUCUAACGAUAGCAUACAUACGAUAUCCAUAUCUCCCGGAGAUACUUCAAUUGAAGGUCUUACAUUUAACGACCCCCCGCCCUUAACAUGGGACUUUCCCGUUACUGCUGAGGAUGACGCGGCACUCCGUGAUCUAUGUCAGGGAACAGGACCUAGCACAACAUCAGGAGGGUCUUCGUUAGACGGAGGUUCAGUUCAUGCCUCAACAUCACCUAUACAAGGAUUUGAGGCUCUUAAUGAUGGGAUAGGAUACGCGGAUGCAGUAAUGACUCGAAAGAUGUCGGAAAUCUCGGAGGGGAUAGACGGAAUUAACAUAUCAAAUUUAAUGCAGGCAGAUUUAGAUCAGCUCUACUUUGACAGAGUACACGUCUUUGCGCCUGUACUACACCAACGCCGAUACUUCUCCUGGGCUCGUAACAUAGCUAAGACGGAAGCUCAAUCAUGCCUCCGGUAUGCCAUGUGGACCUUGGCUGCAUCCGUGUCAGCGCACUAUCAGAACAUCGGGGACUACCUAUAUCGAUGUACCCGGCGAGCUCUCGAGGCCCUCGACUCGAAAUGCAUAAGUCUCGCCAUGACCGAAAUGGAGCAAGUCCAGGCUUGGCUCCUAUUGGCAAUCCACGAAUUCAUGUGCGUCGAUUUUAGCAGAGCCUGGAUAAGCGCCGGCCGCGCCUUUAGACUAAUUCAACUCAACUGGCAUCAUUACUCAGAUGGGUCGGACGCAAGCUUAACGCAGACGGACUGGGUCGAUGCGGAGCAGAAGAGGAGGACGUUCUGGGUAGCGUACUGCCUGGACCGAUUUAUUAGUAUCCGGAACAAUUCGCCCAUGACUUUUAGCGAACAGAAUACAACCCGUCUACCGGCGCCAGAAGUAGAUUUUCAGAAUGAGCAGCCUACUAUAAGCGGAUUUCUUUCAGAAGCAAUAACGGCAAUAGAUGCCAUAUCGACCUCAGCAUUUACCGAAUGCAUCGUUGUCGCAACCGUCGUCGGCCGAGCGCUCAACCACGGACAACAAUCCGCGGUCGAUAACAUGUAUAUUCACGAGUCGCGAAGCUUUUGGGAACGGCACGAAUGGAUCAAUUCUACGGUGGUACAACGGAUGGACAUGUUCAACUCGAAUUGCCCUGCUGCCGCGCAGGAAGCGGAUCCGAUGCUCCUUUUUAUCAGCAUGAUGUGGCGGACGACGGUGCUCUACAUGUAUCAACUUAUCAAGUCGGCGAUACACCCCGCGGACGAGAAGAGAGCUGUCUUGGCGGAUUACACGAGGCAAUCUACAAAAGCCGCUAAGGAGAUGGUACACCCACUGACACCAAUACCAUUGUCGUUAUGCGCCGAGUUUUUCGUAACUUACCACGAGCUGGGCGAUACGUACGGCAAACAGCUCCAGGAAAUCACAGAAGCCAUGCACGGCUUAAUGAGUUUUAGUAAUCUUGGACCGGGUCUUAAUUCCUACACCAGGUGA